AUGCGUCUGGCUACCAUCCUGAGCGCUGUUGUCCUCCCCCUCGCUGCCCUCGCGGCUGAGGAGAAGAUUACAACAGUGACAUCCACAACAGAGGUGACUCUCACCAAAACCGUGACCCUGCGUCGCGCCCAAGUCACCGGCCACGUCAAUGGCACUGUUGUCUACACCACUACGCCAACCGCUACGGCAACCACCACAUCAGAGGCUGCUGCAGCCACCGCGACAGACGAGAACGCUGGUUCGGCGUUCGCUCCAGCCAAGUUCGCGGCAGCCGCCUUUGCCAGUCUCGUUGCAGCUGCCCUGCUUUGA